AUGAACACAUGUUACCACAGAAAUGAUGUGACAAAGCACUUGAGUAACCAGCUACUGCGCUGGAUAUGCGAAAGAAUUCCGGACGAUGAUCCGAUACGAAUUAGAUCAUUGGAAGACUACAAGGAAAUUCAAAGCCUUGGCAAAGGAAGAUUUGGUGAGGUGGUGAAAUUUUUGAACACGUCAAAAAUAGUGCAUAUGACAGUGAAACGUGUUAAAUUGGAAAUGUUCGAUCACUGGAGUCAAUCUGGCUAUCGAAUUUCACAGAGACUGGACGUGUUCAUUGAUGAAUUUCGACAUUUACAUCGAAUUAGUCUGGCGAAUAGUAAAAUCGCUAAUUUCCAUGGGUUGUAUGCUGAUGAAGAAGUAUUUCAGGCUCUCAAAGCGUUGAAUUAUCUUCACACACUUGAACCGCCAGUUAUUCACAGAGAUAUUAAAGCCGCAAACCUUUUGCUGACAAUUAGCGACAGUAUAAAAUUAGCGAAUUUUGGCCUAGUGAGAGAUCUAGCUAUUGAUGGUUUCGGUAUUGCCGUUGCUUCCGACAUUUCGCUCGAUUUCAGAGGCACACUUCUGUAUGUUGCACCAGAAAUUUUAAUAAGCGAACUAGGACCUGGAAAUCGCAAAGCAUACGGAAAGCCAGCCGACGUUUGGGCAUUAGGAUGCACAUUAAUCGAAAUGUUAACAAAAUAUCCACCACAUUUUGAAUAUUUCGGACAAAUUGAAGGUAUUCAGAAAGAAAUUCUCGAUAGAGCCUCAGGUGAUCCAAAAAAUUGGUUACCAUACUCCGCAGAUGUCCUCGUGCCCACCUGCUCAUCGUUUGUUCAUAAAUUGGUGGAUGUAAUUUUUGAACGUGAUCCUAAAAUUCGACCUAACACCAGUGAACUAUGCGAUAUAGUACAAACUCUUGUGAACGCUAGGAUAAACCGAUUUCCAGAAUACAAUCCAAGCAUGAUCAACGUGACGAAUUCAACAAAAAAUGUGCUGGAGACAUAUGCUCCACUAGAAACUUUAGAGAAUGGUGUCAUGAGGAAAAAACGAAAGACUGAACGAGUAAAGUCAAAGAGAGGUGGUCUGGAAAAACUCUCGCUGACAAGUAUAUUCUUUCUCUCUCGGGCACUAUACUUUGCAGGCAUCCUUGGAAAAUCCAUUUUGUACGUCGUAUCAUUCCUUCUUCUUGGACUGGGAAUAUUGACAUUCUUUCUAUUGGCAUCAUUCUGUAUUGUUUUAUCGUUCCGCUAUCUCAUUAAACUAACCUGCAAUUGUGAUCUCUGGCAGCCACAAUAUAUAAUAAUUAGUGGAAUACUUCUUAUUCUUCUAUUCGCUUUGAUGUUCAGUUGUUGUAUGGUGGCUCUGGGCGAGUACAAGUUCCGAAUUGCAAACAAGACACUGCGUGAGUCACGAUUCUAUGUUCGAAGACCUCAACACGAUCUCAUUCUGUGUGGUGUGAAAAUUCUACGAAGGAAAAAUGAUCAUAUAGCAGAUGAAGACAUCCAACAAACUCCUAUCCUCACCCGCACUGGGUUCCUUACAGAAAAAAAUGCGUAA